AUGCCCGCACUCCCCGCCGCGCGGCUGGCUGCUGCCUGCGGGUUCCUGUCAGCGGUGCUCCCGCUCUCCUCAUCACCCGUGCCCUUCAUCCUCCUCCUACCUCUCACCGGCGGCGUUUGCGGAGACACUUGCGUGGGGACCGUAGGGGGCGGCAACUUGACCCGUGUGAGGUUCCAGUGCCCUACACGCGCACACACGAGUCUAUUCAAGUACUGCUGCGGCUUCGAGCCAAACAAUUACUGCUGCCCGAGACCAUAUCAUUCCAUCCGGGUCGUCAUCGAAGUCAUUCUCCUGACUCUAAUGGCUAUAGCGCUGGUGUACGUGGCGUAUUCCUACUGUCACUACGUCUGCAGGAACAGAAUGCUAAGGAGGAUAUUACCGCGCCGCAUCGAGGAGGAACUCGACCUUUUCGACAUCGCGAACGCGGCGCUGUCGCCGAGGGAGAGGGCCGUACUAACCCUGGCGACCUUCAGCGUCGACAGGCGCCCCAGUAGGCAGCCCAGUAUCCGAUUCGAAGGUCAGGACAAUGCCAAAGGUGAUUCCGGAGCAACCUCCAGGGAAGAUGACAACAAGGAAUCGUGUAUUAAUGGAAUAAUCAACGACCCUGGUCCUCCAGAGUUAUCCGCUGAAGUACAUGUACCUGAGGAGGAGACUUGCCUUGAUGACUGCGUGGAUGGAGUCAAAAUUGAGCUCGAUGAGGACGAAUUCAUGGGAAACAGUAGGACGGAGUCCGAGGUUUAAA